GGGGCAGCAGGGCUGUCCAGCACCCCACUGGCACCAUCAUGGCUGGGGGCUGCCCACCAGCUGUGCCCCAGCAGGGACCCUGCCCAUUCCCACAGCAGGGCUGGCUGUCCCUGCCGUGUCCCAGCAUGGAGCCAGCACAUGACAGGCAGAUGUGGCCAUUCCCAGGCGGGACCCUGAGUGUGAUAAGAGGGGGCCACGAGGCUGAGGAGCCCCUGUGCCCACAGCGUGGGACAGUUCCCACCUGGCAGUGGCAGGAGGGGCCACUCCAAGGUCCCCAGCAGAGUGGACACUAUAAGAGGGGUGAGCAGCCCCAGCUGCAGCACCUUUGGUCACCACAACCAUGCUGGGAGCCGUCUGCCUCGUCGUGCUGCUGGGCUACGCCUAUGGAUGCGGCCAGCCGGCCGUGCCGCCGCAGCUGAGCUCCCGCGUGGUGGGAGGUGUUGACGCCGUAGCCCACAGCUGGCCCUGGCAGAUCUCACUGCAGUACACUCGCUAUGGAUCGUGGUACCACACUUGUGGUGGGACCCUCAUUGCCCCCCAGUGGGUGCUGACAGCUGCCCACUGCAUCAGCUCUUCCCUGACCUACCGUGUGAUGCUGGGCAAGCAGGACCUGACAGUGGAUGAUGAGCCUGGUUCUGUGGCUGUGGGUGUGGAGAAGACCAUCGUCCACGAGAAGUACAACUCCUUCCUCAUCAUCAAUGACAUUGCCCUGGUCAAGCUGGCAGAGGAGGUGCAGGAGAGUGACACAAUCCGUGCUGCCUGCCUGCCUGAGGCUGGCAAGGUCCUGGCCAACGACUACCCCUGCUAUGUCACCGGCUGGGGACGCAUCAGGACCAACGGGCCCCUGGCUGACAUCCUGCAGCAGGCUCUGCUGCCUGUGGUGGACUACGAGACCUGCUCCCAGAGGGACUGGUGGGGCAGCAACGUCCGUGAGACCAUGGUGUGCGCCGGCGGCGACGGCGUCGUCUCUGGGUGCAACGGUGAUUCUGGCGGCCCCCUGAACUGCCAGCGCGACGAUGGCAUCUGGGAGGUGGACGGCAUCGUCAGCUUCGGCUCCGGCCUGAGCUGCAACUUGGCCAAGAAACCCACAGUGUUCACCCGUGUGUCUGCCUACAUCGACUGGAUCAACGAGAAAAUCAGCGCCAACUGAGGACGCGGCGUGUGGAGAUACCACUCUUGAUAAAAGCCAAAAACAA